UCUUUCGCUCUCGGUCCGGCAAAAAUUAUUUCUAGGUUCUGAAUAUCAGAAGAUUAAUGUUGAAUUGCAACAAUUUCAUCAACAAAUCUAACAAAACAGAUAAGUUUCUCAUCUCUAUACUCGAUUCAAUUGAAAUCUCGUCAUGUUUUUAACAAAAAUAAACUUACGAAUGACUGAUUUACGGUUUCAAAACCCUAAUUCAUUUGAUUUCACUUCGAAUUUUUGAUCCGAUUUGGAAUCAUAAUUUAGGUCUAUAAUACUUUUAUCAUUCUCUUCAAUUGGAACUAAGGUUUUGAGAGUUUUUUUUUAUUUUUACGAAAUCUCUUUGUAAGGAUCUGUUGCUGAAAUUUUGAUCUAAUCUUAAAUCUAAUUUGUUCUCUUUGCUAGGGCUUCGAUUUUCUUUCACAGAGAACACAAAUCAAAGUUGGAGCAGUGGAGUUUUACGGAUCGAGAUUUGUUACUUGACAAGCUUUCAACCGAUUAAUUGUUUGUUGGGUUUGAACCAUCUUUUGAUUCUUAAAACUCUGGUUUGUUCGAUUGGAACCAUCUCCUGCUUCAUCGUCUUUUCAUGGUGGUGUUUGUCUUCAAAAUUAUGUUCAUUUUGAUAUAUUUUUGACGUUUAUUAUAUUGUAAUUAUUCAUAAUAGCUUUUACAGAUUUGAUUCUUUUGAUUUCUUAUUUCACUAGUUGGAUUCUCAUUUUAACAAUUGAUUGAGAAAAAUGAUUUAGUAGGAGACGGUUCAAAGAAUUUGAAGUGAGUUAUUUUUAUUGUUUUUUGAGAAAUCAUCUUAAGAGUAAAUGGAUGUGGUCUAAAAGUGGGAUUUUAAAUACUACAAUGGUGUCUUACUGUUUUUUGUUGUGAACAAUUUCUUAGAUGGUUUGAUUUUACAACAUGUGGUUUUGUGGAAUCGUAGAUUGGUGAUGCCAAUACAUUCAUUUAUGAUGGUAAUUAAAUCCAGAAGAGAUGUGAAUUCGUGGGUAUGAGAAAUUUUAGAAAUUUUCUGGUGUGGAGAAAGUUUCUGGUUAAAAUACUUGCAAAGGAUGUGAAUUCGUGCAAAAUGAGGUUUGGGACAAAGCCAAAAGGAUUCUGUUGGAGUGGUGGCUUUACGAUUGGCCCUUGGAGCAGAAAGAGCUCCCAAGUGUCUGUGUUUGAGGCAGCUGUGAAGCAUGGGAACAAGUUCGCUUAUCUUCAGUCUUGUUCUACAAACAAAGUUGUGGUGAUUUUGGUGCUGGAGGUACAAGUUUUGGAGGAUGAGAAGGUAGUGGUGGUGGCCAGCAGCGGUUCAUGUGUGUCUGUUGAAAGUAUUGAGAUUCUUUCCAGUUUAAACAUCCCCUGGGUUAUUCUCAACCUCUUUGAAAGCAGUGCUUUGCUAAAUGAAUCAAAUGAGAGCCAAGAAAGCAUAGGCAGUGAAACUGAUGGUGGUUGCAAUUGAAGUUGCAGAAUGGACUUAGUGGUAAGAUUAGAUGUAUGCUGAGGUCUGUCUCUCUAAAUCUGAGGUCAUUGCACCUUAUUCUGCUUCCAGGUGGCACACAACAGGCAAUAUACAAAAGAGACUCUUAUAAGGAAAAGAGCAUUCUUAUUGUUUUCAGUUCUUCUACCACAAAGUUUACACAAGAUGUGCACAUGAGAUAUGAAGACGUUGAGGUGAAACUUUAUUUCAAGCAGUGAGAGUAUGAGAUGCAAGCAGUGCUGAGCUUCGAUACUCGUGUUGUUGGAAGUAUACUGCGAAGACAUUGAGGCGUUUUUUUGGACAGUUCAUGUGUUGGCUUAUGGAGUAUCUACCUUAAACAGUGCAGUUGCUUGUAAGAAAU